AUGCAGGGCCUGCGCCUGAAUCUGCCCGCCUAUGUCAAGAACGCCCGGCUGAUCGCCUGGGUCGCCGAAAUCGCGGCGCUGACCGAGGCGGCCGACGUCUACUGGUGCGACGGCAGCACCGGCGAAUACCAGAGCCUGUGCGACCAGCUCGUCGCCGCCGGCACCUUCAAGCAGCUCAACCCGGUGCUGCGCCCGGGCAGCUACCUCGCCAACUCCGACCCGAGCGACGUCGCCCGCGUCGAGGACCGCACCUUCAUCUGCACGCCGACGAAGGACGGCGCCGGCCCCACCAACAACUGGAUGGCCCCGGCCGACAUGCGCGCGCUGCUGCAGACCGGCGAGCAGGCGCUGUUCAAGGGCUGCAUGCGCGGCCGCACGAUGUACGUCGUGCCGUUCAGCAUGGGCCCGCUGGGCAGCCCCAUCGCCCACAUCGGCGUGGAGCUGAGCGACAGCCCCUACGUGGCCGUCAACAUGCGCACGAUGACGCGCAUGGGCCGCGCCGUCGUCGAGCUGCUGGGCACCGACGGCGAGUUCGUGCCCUGCGUGCACACGGUCGGCGCGCCGCUGGAGCCGGGCCAGGCCGACGUGAGCUGGCCCUGCAACAAGACGAAGUACAUCGUCCACUACCCCGAGACGCGCGAGAUCUGGAGCUACGGUUCGGGCUACGGCGGCAACGCGCUGCUGGGCAAG